GAUGCGAGGUGGACGGGCUGCACCUCCGCGGCUUUGGAACUUAGGGGCUGGAGGGACCUUCUCGGUGCUGCCUCUGCUCUUGCUCUCCCCUCCCGACCUCCCGCUCGGCCCGCGCUUCGUAGCCUCCUUCCCCACCCGGUGCCGCCCGCGCAACUCGUGAAGUACCUUUAGAGAAGAGGUCCUUGGAAGGUUCUUUACUUAAGAAGAUAAAGAAGGUGGUAGAAACAAGCCUCCUGAGCUUUUCUAACGCUAAAUGGCUGCAGAAUCAAGCAAGUCCUUAGCCCCAUCCCCACCAGACCAGUCUCCCGAAGAGGACCUUGUCAUCGUCAAGGUAGAGGAAGAUCAUGGCUGGGAGCAGGAAUCUAGUGUGCAUGAAAACAACCCUCCUGGCCAAGAGCUGUUCCGCCUGCGCUUCAGGAAGUUAUGCUACCAGGAGACGCUGGGCCCUCGAGAGGCUCUGAUCCAACUCCGCGCACUUUGCCACCAGUGGCUCAGGCCAGAUCUGAACACCAAGGAGCAGAUCCUGGAGCUGCUGGUGCUGGAGCAGUUCCUGACCAUCCUGCCCGAGGAGCUGCAGACUCUGGUUAAGGAACAUCAGCUAGAGAACGGAGAGGAGGUGGUGACCCUGUUGGAGGAUUUGGAAAGGCAGAUUGAUAUCCUGGGACGGCCAGUUCCAGCUCGUGCGCAUGGACACAGGGUACUCUGGGAGGAGGUGGCGCGUUCAGAAUCUGCCUCCGAACCCCCAAAUACUCAGCUCCAACCCGUGGCGACCCAGCACAAAUCACCAGUGCUCCAAGGGCCGCAAGAGAGAGCCAUAUCUACUUCUCAGAGUCCUACCCCUUCCCAGAAAAGAAGUUCUGGAGACCAGGAGAUGACAGCUACACUUCUCACAGCAGGGUUCCAGACUUUGGAGAAGAUAGAAGACAUGGCUGUGUCCCUAAUUCGAGAGGAGUGGCUUCUUGAUCCAUCACAGAAAGAUGUGAAUAGAGACAAUCGACCAGAGAAUUACAGAAAUAUGUUCUCCCUGGGUGGUGAGACCAGGAAUGAGAACAGGGAAAUAGCUUCAAAACAGGUAAUAUCUGCUGGAACGCAACAACACGGAGAGACAGCUACCAAGUGCAACGGGGAUGUUAUCGGGGGUCUUGAGCACGGAGAAGCCCGAGACCUUCUGGGCAGAUUAGAGAGGCAGCGGGGAAAUCCUACCCAAGAGAGACGACAUAAAUGUGAUGAAUGUGGGAAGAGCUUUGCUCAGAGCUCAGGCCUUGUUCGCCACUGGAGAAUCCACACUGGGGAGAAACCCUAUCAGUGUAAUGUGUGCGGUAAAGCCUUCAGUUACAGGUCAGCCCUUCUUUCCCAUCAGGAUAUCCACAACAAAGUAAAACGCUAUCACUGUAAGGAGUGUGGGAAAGCCUUCAGUCAAAACACAGGCCUGAUCCUGCACCAGAGAAUCCAUACUGGGGAGAAGCCGUAUCAGUGCAAUCAGUGUGGGAAGGCUUUCAGUCAGAGUGCAGGCCUGAUUCUGCACCAGAGAAUCCACAGUGGGGAGAGACCCUAUGAAUGUAAUGAGUGUGGGAAAGCUUUCAGUCAUAGCUCACACCUCAUUGGACAUCAGAGAAUCCACACUGGGGAAAAGCCCUAUGAGUGUGAUGAGUGUGGGAAAACCUUCAGGCGGAGCUCACAUCUUAUUGGUCAUCAGAGAAGCCACACUGGGGAGAAACCCUACAAAUGCAAUGAGUGUGGGAGGGCCUUCAGUCAGAAGUCAGGCCUUAUUGAACAUCAGAGAAUCCACACUGGAGAAAGACCCUACAAAUGUAAAGAAUGUGGGAAAGCUUUCAAUGGAAACACUGGCCUCAUUCAGCAUCUGAGAAUUCAUACAGGGGAGAAGCCCUAUCAAUGUAACGAGUGUGGGAAAGCCUUUAUUCAGAGGUCAAGUCUCAUUCGCCAUCAGAGAAUCCACAGUGGAGAAAAAUCUGAGUCCAUAGGGGUUUAGGGAAAGACUUUGGUUGUAACUCGGGCAUUAUUUAACAUCAGAGAAAUCACAUGCUAGUGAGAAUUCUUCCAGUUAGUAGGAAGGCAGAAGGUUCUUUGUUUGUGACCUCGUGUAGUGUGAGAACUGACUGGUGGCAAAGUUAGAGUAGCUCUUCAGUAGUUGGGGCCCAGUGCCUUGAUGCAGGUUGAUGAGUUAGUCUUGGGAGGUGUCUGAAGGAGUGGCGCUCUCCAUGGCCUGCUGUAUCCUUUAGAAACUUCAGGUAGCAUUAACGCAAGUUGCUUGUUGUGGCUCGAGGCACCUAACUUUGUCUUUUGGGUGAGUAGCUGUAGGUCUGACAGCAGCUACUUCUAGUUCCUCUGCUUCUCCCCCAUUUCCCAUGAUCCCUUCUCCCACUGUUCCUGGAGGCGCACUUAAUGCUCCUCAUGUGACCCGAGAAGAGAAGCUGCUUUAGAGUUGGAAACAACCUCUGUGUGAGACUUAAUUUGUAUUUAGCUCUCUAAGAUCCUAGUUUUAGGGAAAUUUUUAUGACACUUAACAAAUUCGUGCUUAAGUGUGCCAUUUUAUUUUAUCCUCCUGUUCCGUUUAGUCAGGGGAAAUCCAUAUUCCCACGCAACUCCGAAUGCCAUAUUCUUAACAGCAUUUCUUCAUCUGUCAUCUUCACUGGCCCCGCUGAGUUGUGGAGCAUCCUAGGUGUCCUCCACUCCCAGCCCCAGUACCUGUGUCAGCAAAGGAAGUGGAUGGUUGUGGGAAGGAUGCAGAGAAAGAGGUGAGUGGAGACCCAGCCCGGCGCUGUCAAGCUUGGAUGGUGAUACCCUUUGGUGACUUCUGGCUCUCCUUUCCCCCUCCUGCUGUUCACUGUGGCACAGUAGAUGUUUACACUGCCUUACUUAUGGCAUCACAUGGGAGAAAGAGGAGACUGAGGUGCUUAAAAAGACAUGAAAAUCCUUAUAAAAAAAAGUACACUUUUCCUUUUUGACCUAUUUUAGAACCCCACUCCCCCUCCCUCAGGUUCCUAUCAUUCUGUACAAACCCCCUGCCCUACAGCGCCUGUCAGUCUUAUUACCCUGAACCCACCUUACAUGGUCUCAGCACCUCAUCAUUCUCCAUCUGUUUCUUGCAAUUAGCUUGUGUGGCUUUUAAUCCACAGUGGUAAUCUGUUGACCAACGCACAGUCUUUAUUCUCCUGAGUUCUGGUGCCCUGCAGUGAUCCAGCAAAGACACAGUACAAAACGUAACUGUCACCAGGCAUUGUGCCUCAAUUUUGAGGCCUGCAGUAUACUGAGGUAUUGUUGGGAGCCAUGAGUGUGGUCUAGAGUGACACCAGAUCUGACGUACCCACAGUGGGUUGUCCCUUCAGUCGAGCUGUCUAGUUAGCUGGUCGUGCUAGCACUCCGGUAGCCACCUUCUUCCGAGGAGCUGGUCACUCCCAGAAUUGCAUUUAAUAAACCAUGCGUGAGAACUCUUCCUACUCUAGAGUCACAUCUCAUUUUUGACCAUUUGGCUUAUUCAACACACUGUUGACUCUUUCCAAAGUCUCUUUCUAAAUUGCGAUCCAUUCCAUUAAUUCUAUCCAGAAGAAUAUGACAGAUGUUUUAAUGAAAAGUCCAAGAGAAGCUGCACAACUUUACACUCUGACUCUCCUAAGAGGGGAUACCACUUACUCAUUAUUGUAUGGUUGAUUUUAUGAAAAUCAGUGGGGAAAAAAAAAUCUUACAUCUUAUAGGCGCACCUUUUGGAUCAUGAAUUUCUUCUCUAUCUUCCUUUGACCCACCUGAACCAUUAAUACCACCAAGGUAAUCUACAUAUGUUUCAUCAAGCCAUUGGUAUACAGCUGUCAUUUAUCCUGGCGACCUUGGCUAACUUUUUUUUAAAAUGUUCUUUUCAUUAUCCUUUUUUUUUCCUCUCUCCCUUCCCUUCCUUUCUCUGUCCUUUCCUCUUUUCCAAAAAAUUACUUUCCCUGAUUACUUGUACUUGAAAUUUCCAGAAACAAGUAAAUCUGGUUGCCUCUGGAUUCUUGUUCUAGAUCCUUGCUCUCUGCUUCAGUUGUGCCUUACCCUCUGUAAGAUGCUCAUUCUGCCUGAGGCCAGUGCUACUAUGUGUACAGAUAUUACAUAGGAUGGUACACUGUCAGGGAGUGUGUGUGUGUGUGUACAUGCACACACAUUGCUCUCACAUAGUUAAGAGGAACGCUUCUAUUCCAACUAAAGCUCUUUAAGCAGAGCUAUGUAUUGAAAUGACCGUAGGUGUAUCAGUUAACAUUACCUAGAAUAUUGUGUGGCCAGGUUACUCAGAAUUACUAAGCAUCUGGCAGAAAUUUAAAAAAAAAAUGACCUAAAAAAAGAUGAUACAUAUACACAGCUAUUAAAAAAAGUUUUGCCAUUUGCAACAUGGGCCUAGAGAGUAUUAAGCUUAGGGAAAUAAGUAAGAUGGAGAAAGGCAAACAUCUUAUGAGUUCAUUCAUGCGGUAUGUAGAGAAAUCAAAAGAAUCAACUGAAUAAAACAAAAAUAAGCUUUAAAAACAAACAGAAAGAUUAGUGUUCUACUGGGAUGAAGGUGAGGAAAAAGACUGACCUGAAAGCUGCCAGGCCUGAUCCAGCACACCUGUACAAGUAGCUGCAGAAGGUGAGGCAGGAGGAGACAGCUCCUGUUUCUCUGGUGGCGUAAGUAGAGGCCAUCCUUGGUCUCUCAUUCUCUUAGCACUGGAAUGUUGUUGAUCCUCUGUAUGACCUUGCAUUGAGCUGCUAUGCGUGACAUGCUCCUUUUUCUUGCAGAUUCUAUUUUUAUGCUCUGAAUCUGAAAUGAACUGUUCAUAAAUACGUUCUCAUUUUAGGACCUGGCAUGAUAAAGUGGGUCUUUGUUGCCAUCCAGCAGUCUUGGGAGAGGUGUCUUAGGUGUCAAAAGGUUUUCUCCAUGGAGGAUAUGGUGCCUGAUUCCCACACGAAACAGUUAGCUUUACUCUCGGUUCUGAGGUUCCAGAUGAUAACUGACAUUUACUGAGCACUCACUGUGUGCCAAACCCUGUGUUAAACAUUUCUCAUGCAUAAGAUAGAUAGGUCAUGCCCCCUGCCUUUGAGAUGAGGAAACUCGACUUAGAGACUUGACUGCAUUGGCCAAGAGCACACAGCUGGUGGCAGAGCAGGGAUUCUAACUCCACAGGCUGAUUCUUCAGCUGGCGCUUCUGACCACUGUCCUGCCCUGCAUCUAAUGAACACCAGGUGUUCAUUGCUACGUGACAUGUUCACACAUUAUGUACUGCUGCUCGUAAGAGGUAGUAGGCGCAGGGAUGUGCAGUAGAUUGCACAUCCUGUGCAGCUCUAGAAAAUUGGUGCUAGUGCCAUUUUGGUUUAUAGUUAUAUCAUCUUUAAAUGUUAAUACUUUUGAUGCUGGGUAGAGUAAGAAUGGUAAAUUGUGCAAGUAAAACAUGUUUAUAAAAGAGUAACUGGGGGAAUGAAGUAUAACUUGCGGAUUCAGCGCAUUUCUCUCUCAACUGCCCCAGGGGAAUAAAACUGUAGAGGGGAAUGGAAUGGCCAUAUACCCGUCAAGCAGGUGGGCAGUUAGGAGGACAAGUGAAUCCACUUGUCUACUUGUCCACUUGUGGACUCACUUGUCCUCCUAACAUAAAUGUGAAAGUCCUUCAACCUUACUGUCCAUUUCCAGCUAUCCUUUCUUCCGUUGUUCAUGGCUUUUCAAACGGGUCAUCCAUUGUUCAUACAAGUCGUCCAUCUCAUUCAUCUGCUCUCAGACUCCUCCAUGCUGGCUUUUGUACAUGGCCGGGCAGUGAAAUGACCAGUGGAUAAGCAUUAAGGCCUUUUCUUAGUUCUGGCCCUUUUUGAUCUAUAUAUCAUACUGUUGAAUUUCCCCCACGUCUCAGGAAUUUGCUUCCUCCUUAGCUUAUGAUGCCAAAAGGCCUUUUUGAUCAUGUUUUUCCAACUCCUGGCUUUUUCCUUCUUGAUCUUUUUUCUCCUCACCCCUGAGAAUAAUUUCCAGGUCUUUAUUUUAUUUGCUAAUUUUUUUCUGUACUAACUCCUGCUUGUCCAUUUUUGAUGAUUUACUCUGAACCUUCUGUAUUGUGUUUAAUACUAGUGACUUAAUGUUUCCUGUCCUGUGAGUCAUUUCUCAACUUGUGGACUUUUUUCACAGGUACCUGUACAACUUGGUAUUCAGAAACAGAACUCAUCACUCUUCUGCUUCACCCCACACUGUCCUUUUAAAUAGGUGUCAUUGCUUAACUUUCUUUACCUUAAUCACACUUCCUGUCCUUCACAUUUCUUACCGCAGUCAUGGAGUUGUCUUUAGUCCUUUUUUGCCCUCCACUCUACCUGUCCAAAAUCUUGCUAAGUUGUUUCAUUUCUUAGUCUUCUCUUUGAAGCUGGAGCUGUUACAUUUCUGCCAUCUCCUCAUUACCCUCAGUGCAGAUGUGCUCAUCUAAGACUCCUGUUACUGUAAUUCUUUCAGCUUCCUUGCUCUCAGGAUCCUCAUCUUGUAGGCUUUCUACACGGUCCUCCUCAAACUCCAUGUUCAUGGUGUCUUACCUUCACUCAAGAAUACCCAGCAGAUAAAUGCUGUCAGAACAGUGGCUGCCCAGGUUCUCCAUUACCUGCCCUUCACGCUGAAUCUGCCUCAGCCUCAUUACUCUCUAGCUUAUUCACCUUGACUUAUCACAUUCAAAUUUCUGGUGGUCUUUCACUGUUGUCCUAGAAGCCCUUGCCUCUGUGCCUUUCUCAUGCUUUUCCUUUUGCUUCCAUUGCUCUUUGACCCCAGCUUGUGUUCAAAGACUAGUUUCCUGUAUAUCUUCUGAGUGAGCGCUCCCUGACUCACUUCACCUCAUACUGAGACCUCCGUUUUUGUGUGUGGCCUCAGCACUUUUCCUUUGAGUUUGUACUGUUGUCCACACAGUCAGUAAUAUGUUGUUUUGUAAUUAUUUUCUAGCUCUGUAUUGUAGUUUCACAUUUGUAUUUAUUUCCAAAAUCAAAUUGUAAGCUCCUUGAGGGCAGGAAUAUUAACUUUUACAUUUGUAUCUCUGCACCCCCCUAGUGCCUAGUUCAGUGCUGAGCACACAGUAGGCGUUUAAUAAAUGCUUGUUGCAUUAUUGUGUGGAUUAUUUAUAGAGUUACAGAAAAAUUUAAGCUGUUAUCAAGGAUAACCUUCUUUUUACCACUUAGUGCACAGACUGAUUUCCAUAGUUUGUCAGUAACUGCCUACACACCUAAGAUUAAAACCCUAAAAAAACCAACUUUUUAGGAGCAUGUGUCUGGAAAGUUGAGAUACGAAGCUAUUUGGCCAGACUUAUUUAUUGGUUAAGAAAGAAAAAAAAAAGGAAACAAAAAUUGGUGUGUUAAAGUUACUGCAAAAAGUACUUGAUAACAGACUUUUGUAUCUGAGAUUAAAUCAUUACUCCAAAGGAGUAGCUGGUGUGCUUAAAUUGGCAAAAUUUGGCAAUGUCUGGAGACGUUUUUGGUUGUACCAUCGAUGGAUGACUAGGAUGCUACUGGCAUCUAGCAGAUAGAGGCUAAACAUCCUGCAUGGACAGGACAGACCCACAAAAUGACCCAGCUCCACCAGUUUAAUAGUGCUGUGCUUGAGAAACCAUAGUCUAGAGAUACUUAAGGUAGAUUGGGACAUGAAGGGAUAUGAAAUACCACAUUGAGGAAAUAGCUAUGCCAAGCUUAAAAGAAUCCUAAAUGUGUACGUGUUUAUAUCUUGUAGUUUGUAGUAUAAUAAUAAUUUAAAAAAGACAAUCUUUGGGAUUCACAUUAACAUCUGUCAUGUUGAUGGUUAACAAUAAAAUGGCUGAUGAGUUUCUAAGGCUACUUUCAGCAUCCGAUUAGAAUCAUUACUGAGAAGGCGCAGCCGAGUGCUGUCUUUUGUUCAAUUCUUGUUUGGUUACAUAAAGUCAAAGAGAAAACAUUGGGGACUGUCUCUUUAGCAGCCUGCCUAUGACAUCAAAGAUUUAGCUUUGGGGAUAACACAUGACCCUCAGCAGUCCCGUGGACAGCCACUAGACAAUAAUUACCAAGGAGACCACAAGUCGGGAUGUUGUCAGUUUGCCUUGUAAACACAUUCCCACUUAGAAAGUUUUUAACAUACCUGUUAACCCUACCUAGUAAGACAUGUAGGAGAAAAUGUGAUUUCCUAAAUUGAGACCCUUAAAAAAAACACUAGUAUUUGGCAAUUCAAUGACAUUUCCUUCAACAGGUUUAAAAAGGACCAACACCAGAGUUAGAAAAUCAGUUUCGGUAUGUAAUAUAUCGAAGAAAUGGCGUUGCUCCGUUGCGUUUACUGAGUCGAUAAAAUCCUGGAUUUGGAAGUGACUUUUGUGGUCAUUUUUCAACCCAUUCUGUAAGUGGAGGUACAGAAAGGGCACUGGCUAACUUAAUGGUACAGGUGAACAGAACCCAGGUUUCCUAAGGCUCUGUGCUUUUCUUUUUUGGCUGGUGUCCCCUCUAGCACUUGGUCUUUUGUUAAUUCACAUUCUGCCAUGGAAUAGUCAUACUCGGUGCCUCCACCUGUACUGUUUUUGGAAUUAGUCCUUUUAUCAGCGCGUUUCUCCCAGCCCAUACUGACUGGUGUCCUGAGUUCAACGCUCAUAAACGGCAGUUAGGCUUUGCAGUAUUGCAACCAUGUUUUGGAACCCUGCUCUCCCGGGCCUGGUCUCUAGACCAAGCACGCACACUGGCUGGCAGCACUGCCCUUCAGGUCAUGAAGACCAGAGCUCUUGCGGCCCAGUCAGGUUUAGGGGUCCUGUGCAACAUACAUUGGGGAUCCUGCCGUUUCAUAGACUCAGUAUCUUUAAAUUACAAGGUUUCAGGGUGUCCUACCUGCGUAAAAAUCAGGAAGUAAAAGUUACCUUCGUAAGGGGUGAGGCUGUCUCGGCUGACCGCCGGAGAU